CUCUAACAACCGCGUAACAAACUCGCACGCUUACAAAAUUCCUCUAACCGUUUUAUUCUCGCGCGCGCGUUUAUAUAAAUGGUUCUCACUGUAUCUUCUUCUCAUUCGAUUCAUUUUCACUCUCAAAGACUUGAAUCAUUGCUUCUUCUUGUUUUUCUUCUCUAACCACCAUGGAAAACUCUUCUUCCUUUUCCUCACUGCGAUUCUCUUUGAUCGUAGCAAUCUUCUUUGCUGCUAUGCUCUGUGGUCCUCAGGUUGAUGCUACUGAAGGACUCGAAGCUUCAUUCACGCCGUCAAUGACACCGCCGCCACCACCGCCACAUGAUCUCCAAGAACAUUCGUUCUUCUCUCACACUGCAUUGCUUCCACCGAUCUUGUCACAUCUUGGCUUUCACGAGCUUGCAACGGCCGCUCCGUCGUUGUCUGAUGCAUCAACCACUGCUUCGUCAACUUGGAGCGGUCCUUCCACGAUUUUCGCUCCCUCCGAUGGCUCGCUAAGAAGUUGCUUCUCUUGCUCUGUUCCUAACCUUCUCCGUGAACACAUUGUUCCAGGUUUAUUCACGAUCGAGUACUUGCGGAGACUUGCUUUUGGCACCAAGAUCGAGACACUGAGUCCCGGCCGUUGUAUAACCGUCACUUCCGAGUUAGUUCAUCAGAUCAACAGUACCGGUGCCGCUGCGAAGGUCUUCAUCGGAGGCGUGGAGAUCACACAGCCGGAUCUCUUCAACAACGGAAUGAUCGUGGUUCACGGUCUUCAAGGUUUCGUCUCUACGCUAUCUCCGUUUUCUUGCGACGUAGAAAGAAUGACUUCACUCUCCUUCCCGUUCCAUCCGGAUCACCGUUCCGGUGCACAUGCUCACACUCACCCUCACGGAGCUACAGUGCUUCCUGCUAUUAUGCGCCUCAUGCUCCGAGAUGCAAUGCUCAGGCUACGUAAUAACGGUUUCAGUAUACUCUCCCUCGCUAUGAAGGUAAAAUACGCAGAACUCAUAACUCUCCAGAACAUGACUAUUUUCGCCGUGGAUGAUCUUUCCAUAUUCUCCGGUUCUCAAUCAUAUAUCAGCAAUAUACGGUUCCAUAUCGUGCCUAACCAUUACUUGUCCAUAACGGAUCUGGAGAAGCUUCCUGUUGGUACUGCUCUGCCAACACUGGAACGAGGCCAGCCGCUUCUGAUCACAACCUCUGGUGGAGGAGUGACACUUGCACCAAUGAGAAUUAACUAUGUGAGAGUUAAGGUGGCUGAUGUCAUUCGCAAUGUGAAGAUAGUUGUGCACAGUGUGUAUUUGCCAUUUCCGCAUAUCAAUCCUGUUGCUGCUGCUUAUGACUCUAUCUUAGGAGGUGAAGGACAAGGAGCAUCGGAAGGAUCGGCUACUGUAUCGGAUGCUGCAGGUCUUGUUUCGGAUGGAACCUGUUCUGCUCUUGAUGGACGUGGAGGUUGUGCUGCUGGCUUCACUACAGCAGGUAUGUCUCCCAUGCCUCAGGUCAAACCGAUGGUGGAGAUUGAAGAUCACCAUGGUUUAUGAAUGCAAUGCCUGCUGAUAAUAAGAUGGCCGUUUAUACUUCUUUCUCUGCUGAAGUGAACUAUGAGAAAUUUGUAAUUAGUUCAUGCUGUUAUCUCCAUUACUGUUGCUCAGUUUAUUUUAGUUUGUUCUGCACUUCUUUCUCUGCUGAAGUGAAUCUUGGAAAAUUUGUAGUUCCUUUACAUUGUUAUCCAUCUACUGUAUGCUGAUUAGUUCUAUAAUAAAACUUUUGUUGAUAUAGUCUUUAAAGUUUUCUUGAGAUUAUAUUGAUUUUUCCUUGACUAUGUAUAUUUCAUGUCAUGCAUGGGUUCCCUACUUAUCAAGCCUUUUUGUGUCA